UUCGGCAGGCGGCGGUGGUCGCGACUGCUCCUCGCGGCCCCGCGUUUCACACGCGUGCGCCCGCCGAGUAUGCGGCUUUCCGGGAUUGCCUGCUCCUUGCCGGGCGAUUCCGGCGUCGCUCGCCUUCGUUGAUUUCGCCGUACAACCGUGGUCGACAACGCUGAAGACAAAGGAUAGGGCCUCGUUACUGCCCAGAAAACAUUGAAACUGCACAGCUAGUUCGUCCUCUCUCUGCACACACGUCUGUGUUGUUUAUAAUUGGAGCCAUGCGACUGGGAUACUGUGGCAUCGUGAAGUCAGCUUCCGCCGUUGUGGCUGUUUGGAUGCUCUUGUGCAUCGUCGCAAUCCGGACGGCGAGUGGCGUGCAAAUCGUGCGGUUAUCAGUGCCCACGUGGGUGGAGAAUGGCACCGAGGACUCAGUGCUUUUGGACUGCGAGUACGCGUACACGGAGCGAGACGACUCGCAGCUGGUGGUCAAGUGGUUCCUGAACGACGAUCCGAAGCCCAUCUACCAGUGGAUACCCGAGCUGGAGACGCGCCACGUCUCGCAGAGGCUCAAGGGACGCCUCAACACAGACUUCACGGUCACCGCCAACCAUUUCACAAAAUUCCGCGCCCUCAACCUUUUGCGCCCGACCACCGAGCUGAGCGGCCGGUACUCGUGUCACGUCACCUCCCACAGUAGCCAGGACCAAAAGUCGCAACUCAUGACCGUCUAUGCACGUCCAAAGCACUUCGUGUUCAACUACUCACGAGCCGCCGAGGAGUCGGCGACGACGUUUGUGUGCGAGGCCACGGGCGCAUUUCCUCUGCCCACGCUGUCGCUGUACCAGCUGGACGAGGGAUCGUCCUCGUCGCCGCCACGGCGCCACGCCCUCGCACCAACGCAGCGGGUGACGCCCAGGCAGGACGGAUCCUACGUCACUCGCGUCUCCAGCCAGGUGCCCGACGAGCAAUUCUCGCGUUCGGGCCGACACUUGUUCGUGUGCCUGCUCUCCAUACCGGGCACGGACUUCAAGAAGCAGCGCCUCAUCGAGUUCUACCCAGAAUACUACAUGGACAGCGCCACCUGCCGAGGGAUGAGUUGGCCUGUCGCCCUCGCUAUGUUUUCAAUUAUCUGGGCCUUACGAUAAUGUCCACCAGGGUCCAGCCACGAGCUUCCGGUGAUCUACUAUUGAGACCAAGUCAUCUGCGUUCGGGAAAAGUUAUGUGCCCAGAUCAAAUGAAGAGAAUCGUUGUACAUUCCUAUCGCACCAAACCGAACGGUAGCAAGAGGGCGACAGAGAAGAACCGAAAUGGCGUUGGAGGCACCGCUACCUGCGCGGUUGACUGCUGACAGAGACGACAGCCAAUAAUGCUGCAUGAGGCGAGGAACGGAGGAGAGAGACGGUUUUCAAAUGAAGAAAGAGAGAACAACGCACUCCCUGUUAUUUGUGUUCACCUUCUCGCCCCCUUCUUCUACGAAAUGUUUUCGCAGAAUGUAAGCUCAGAGUAUAACAAUGUGGCUCUGUAAAUAAUAUAGCGCCUUGUUGAAAUG